GUAUCAUAACACGAAGGUGGAGAGGAAGACGUAAAUUGCCGGCUCUCAUUUGACCAAAGGGCAGAUUUUCAUGAUUUUAAGAGCAAAAAUAUUUGUAAAUUGAUCUCCAUUUAGAUAACAGGAUUCAUAAGCUCCGGAUAUGUCCUUCAUAUUUGAUUGGAUUUAUAGUGGUUUCAGUAGCGUACUGCAGUUUCUAGGACUGUACAAGAAAUCUGGCAAGUUAGUAUUUCUUGGCCUGGACAAUGCUGGCAAGACGACACUACUGCACAUGCUCAAAGAUGACAGAUUGGGACAGCAUGUGCCAACUCUACAUCCAACCUCGGAAGAGCUGACGAUCGCUGGCAUGACCUUCACCACCUUUGACCUCGGAGGCCAUGCACAAGCUCGCAGAGUGUGGAAAAACUACCUCCCCGCCAUAAAUGGCAUUGUCUUCCUUGUGGAUUGUGCGGACCACCCAAGAUUGGCUGAGUCCAAAACGGAACUUGAUGCACUAAUGACAGACGAGACCAUUGGAAACGUACCUAUCCUUGUCCUCGGAAACAAGAUUGACAGACCAGAAGCCAUCAGUGAGGAGAAACUGCGGGAGCUGUUUGGAUUGUAUGGACAGACAACAGGCAAGGGCAACAUUCCCAUGAAGGAGUUGAACACAAGACCGCUGGAGGUGUUCAUGUGCAGUGUGCUGAAGAGGCAGGGCUACGGGGAGGGCUUCCGCUGGCUCUCCCAGUACAUCGACUAAUCCAGCCACCAGGAGGCGCUACACGAGACGCCCCACUUCUAUUACCACCACCAUAGUCCCAUGUUUGGUUUAUAAAGUCUGCCUCCGCUAUCAG